GGCCUCUUCCUGUCUGUAUCAGGACGGCGCGUGGUCCACGCCGAGCGACUGAGAAGCCCGGUCUGCGCCCUCAGAAUGACUGAGUGGGAAGCAGCCACGCCUGCGGUGGCAGAGACCCCUGACAUCAAGCUCUUUGGGAAAUGGAGCACUGAUGAUGUGCAGAUCAACGAUAUUUCUCUGCAGGAUUACAUUGCUGUGAAGGAGAAGUAUGCCAAGUACCUGCCCCACAGUGCUGGACGGUAUGCUGCCAAGCGUUUCCGCAAAGCACAGUGUCCCAUCGUGGAGCGCCUUACUAACUCCAUGAUGAUGCAUGGUCGUAACAACGGCAAGAAGCUCAUGACUGUACGAAUUGUCAAGCAUGCCUUUGAGAUCAUCCACCUGCUCACUGGUGAGAACCCUCUGCAGGUCCUGGUGAAUGCUAUCAUCAACAGUGGCCCCCGAGAAGACUCAACACGCAUUGGGCGGGCCGGGACAGUAAGACGACAGGCUGUGGAUGUGUCCCCACUGCGUAGAGUGAAUCAGGCCAUCUGGCUGCUGUGCACAGGGGCUCGUGAGGCUGCUUUCCGGAACAUCAAGACCAUCGCUGAGUGCCUUGCAGAUGAGCUCAUUAAUGCUGCCAAGGGCUCCUCCAAUUCCUAUGCCAUCAAGAAGAAAGAUGAACUGGAGCGUGUGGCCAAGUCUAACCGCUGAUUUCCCAGUUGCUGCCUAAUAAACUGUGUCCUUUGGAACAA